AUGUCCGACGACGAGGUUCAGACGAAAGUCGGCGACCUGUCCAACGUCAUGACUGCAACGCUGGAAUACAAGAUUCUUCCGCGGCUGCACCCGCUGUCUGGCAUGGCCUCCCUCCUUUUAUCAAGCUCUAGACUUACUGUUUACCACCUGAAGUUGCUAAAGGUUCUCGAGAAAUCAACUGCUGAUAUCAUGGCAACGUCCAUCAAUGUUCUCGACUACAUUGUAGCUGAGGCGGAAACCUUCCAAACUCUUGCUUACGUCUUCGACCAUAGUUUUGAGAAGGGUUUGGGAAUCGAGGUGUACAUAAACGCUAACGCCAUCCGAGCCACUCGGGACCAGGAAAAUUCCGAUCUCUUUCGUCCCUACGACAUACAUGUCGAGGUGAAGGGUUUGGGCGUGUGCAUGGAGAAUCAGAAGGCACAAAUGAUGGUAAACGCGAAAGGCCUGAUGGACAGGCUCCUUCUUCCCGUCCAUUCGAGCGUUCUCAUCGAACUCAUUAUCCGGGGCUGCAGAGAAAUAUCGAUGAAAUGUGCUGAAAACCUACAGACGGGGCCCUCCAAGCCAGCUGUUCAGCGGUUGCACGAGGUCACGUCGGAGGAAGCCAUGCCGCACAGCGGCCUGGACGUCGUGACAAAGCAGGGAACCAUCCUGAAACGCGAGGCAAAGCAGGCCGGCUCCAUUCUACGCAUGUCUCGCGUUUGCACACCACGAGAGAGAAGCCAAGAAGAUCAAAAUUCCGUUGUAUCACCACGAAACCAGCCCAGCAGGGAAAGUUCCGUCCCCGCGCAAUUCGAACCUACGGAAGAGGGUAGUGCUGACGAUGAACGCGCCUCAGCCGCGCUAGAGCGAAGCGACGUGAACACGGAGAACGAGGCCCGUCUCCUGCAAAUAGCCAACCCUGAGUUAUCCAACCUGUUCCCACAGCGCGACGUCAUCCCUGUAUGCCUCUAUCCCGACGUUAACCGCGUCAUUUCUGCUAUCGAUGCUGUCGGCGUAUCUACAUCAGUCGACGACAUCUCUGGCGCGAUAGCUGAGGAGUCUCAGCCUGAGGGACUCGUUCGGGCGCGAUGCUUCGUUGAUGAGUACGACGUCUCUUUGGCUCUUGCUCGAUAUUACCAAGGCCUGCCGGAGACAGGACCACCAGAAGAGCCUCCGCCUCCCGCGACUUUCAUGAGGAAAGCCGAUGGUUCUGGAGAGCAGAGCGAGGCUGACACGGGCGGAAGUGCCAAGUGCCGAUGCACUGCGGAGUGUCGCAUUAUCAACGGACACAUCUCUGUUCAUUUCCGCAACGUGGAAUCCGCGCAGGCGUACUUCAACCUGGUUUCCAAAGCCGCCCGAGAGGGUGAACCGUUGACGAUGCACCGGCUGCUAGACUGGGACUUCCACGUCCUUACUUUGCCUCCAGCGAGUGCUGUUCUAGUUACCAGGGACUUGUUGACGCAGUUUGCGCUGAAGGCCAACAUGGACAUUCCCGGAGAAAUUAUCAUGGCCUUCUCCGUGGCCAUAUUCAAAAACUACCGACCAAAUCCGUACCACAACUUCUACCAUGCCUUGAACGUCGCACAGGUUCUGUGUCUGCUGCUCGCCCUCCCUGAUGUAGCAGUCCAGUUCACGCCAAUCGACUAUCUCGUGCUGUCUGUGGCUGCUCUGGGGCACGACUUGGGACACCCAGGCGCGAACAACCUGUUCAUGACUAGAUUCGACUGCUGGCCUUCGAGGAUAUACCAGAAUGUGUCAGUCCUAGAGAAUUACCAUGCAGCGAGCCUGUUUCAGAUUCUCAGGCACCCCGGAUUCAACGUGUUUUGCUCCGUCUCGGCCACCAACUUCGCCCCGAUCCGGAAGCGCAUCAUAAGCGCAAUUUUGUGGACAGAUAUGGCCAAACACUUUGACGUCGUGGCCAAGUUGCAGGCGAAGAUUCAAGGGGAAAUGGUGCUUACUGAGGGAAUUAUCGUCACCUUAACGAAACCCUAUCUGGAAGGCCUGCUCUUGCAUGCCGCUGACAUCAGCAAUCCGAUGAUGGACUUCGAGCUUUGCCGGGACUGGGCCUUCCGGGCAUGCGACGAGUUCUACCAGCAGAACAAAAUGGAAGAAAUGGGAGGUUUCCCUCCCUCCAUGCCGAACUUCCAGCACUUUGACGAGUACAACGUAGCCAAGUGCCAAGUUGGCUUCAUCGGUAAAGCGACGAAAACGAUAAACUCUGCAGGGGACAGCAAAGAACGCUGUCGCUUCUGA